CCGGAUAGGUUCCGUUAAUAGGGCACGCAGGCUGACUACAUCCUCCCUCGUGGCUGCGUCCAAAUACACAGUAUGCAUUGCAUCGCCUUGGAGGAAGGAUAUAUAGCUGCAGCCUUCCGUGUGCUUCAUGUUCUGACACCAGCCUCAUCUCACUGCGACACUUGCCCACUCCUCAUCCUCACCCAACUCAACAACCAAACAACCCAUUUCUAUCCCAACUCUCGAAAGCAUAAGAUCCAGUCAUCUUUUCCUUUGCACCUUCAGGCAUCAGCGACGCUUUUCCAGCGUUCGCCUUUUCGUAUUUCUUAUUCUUCAUCAUCACCAUCUCUCGCUUUUCGUAUCUCCUCUUCCAAACAAACUUAUCAGAAACACAAUCAACCAUGGGUCGCGGCGGCUACAACAAGAGCGCAUUUCAACCCAGCACCUCAGCAUCUCCAUCCAGUCCCCUACCCUCACAAACCGCAUCGAAGAGCAUCAGGUCCACCAGCCCCGCCCGAAGCGGUGACGACAGUGGCCGAGGCGGCUACAACUAGUCUCCUCGUGCUCGACAACGAACACCAAACUUCUCGGCCCCUUCUCUGGUAGAAGGGGACUUUCCCUUGCAUUAUGAGAGGCGGUUUUACUUUCGAUCACGACCUAUCGGGCUGCGGUGUUUUCGAGCGAGGUGGAGUUUACAUGAUUUCAACUACGAUGAUGUUCAGCGACACAAGCAUUUCUCGGCGCGCAGCAGGUUACGGUGGUGCGCAUUUCUGGAGCGGAUAGAUGGGCUUGUAUGCAUUUCCAGGGUCUGAGAGAU